GGUGCAGCACUGCGUUAUGCUGCUAAGGAGCUGAGGGUGAGUGGGAAGGGCCAUCUGCACCUGAGGGGAGGUUACACACCUGCAGAGCUUCCAGAGAGAGGGCCCUGCCAGACACACCUGCAGAGCUUCCAGAGAGAGGGCCCUGCCAGACACACCUGCAGAGCUUCCAGAGAGAGGGCCCUGCCAGACACACCUGCAGAGCUUCCAGAGAGAGGACCCUGCCAGACACAGAGGACGAGAGAAAGGGACAGGGGAGCGAGCUCAGCUGGAGCCAAUGCAGCAGCAGAGUGGACAGCCUGAGCUAGUGGAAGGAAGCCUUCCCGUGUUCGUGUUCCCCACAGAGCUUGUCUUCUACGCGGACGAGCAGACCUCCCACAAGCAGGUUCUCACCCUCUACAACCCCUAUGAGUUCGCCCUCAAGUUCAAAGGUAAAUAAAACAUUUGGUUUCAAGAUAACAAGGUAUUGAUAUAAGAACCAUUUUAGCCAUCAAUUAAGGAGUCAAGAGAGCCACAUUGAUACUGUAGCAUAUACACUACUCAUUCACGGUUUCUGUUCUCGGUCAGUGCUAUGCACAGCGCCAAACAAGUAUACUGUGGUGGAUGCCACCGGAGCCGUCAAGCCACAGUGCUGUGUUGACAUGUGAGUAAUAAGCUUACUAUUACAUGUCAUAACUAGGACUGUCAGUUACUCUCCGUUUAAGGCAUAUUAAUGAAGGACAUGAUAUUCAUGAGUGCAAAUUAUGAAAUACCAAGCAAUAUUAAUAGAGAAUGAUUUCAUCGGAAGCAAGCUUCUGCUUUGUAAAUGCAGUCAUUCCAUUCAAAUAUUUGUAUCUUUCCCUUGUGUUUUCCUGUCUGUGUUCUCAGAGUGAUUCGACACAAAGAUGUGCGGGCCUGUCACUAUGGGGUGUCUGAUAAGUUCCGGCUGCAGGUGUCUGAGCAGAGCCAGAGGAAGGCCCUGGGCAGAAAGGAGGUGACGGCCACUCUGAGGCCCUCGGCUGCCCAGGAGCCCCCCAGCCCCCGGCCCCAGGAGGAGGAUCGACAGAUGAAGGAACAGCUGGCCGACAGCGUGUUCUUUGAGCAGACCACCUUCCAGACAGGUAGGAGUAUGAGUGGCCGCUGAAAAGGGAUAUCUCGCCCAAACUUAGCUAUCGAUACCUGUUAAAUACGUUAUGUAUGCUGAGACCCAAAAUAUAUUAGCCAACAUUAUGUAGGCUACAUUUGUUGUUUAGGUGAAGUAACUGAAAUGGUGGAAGCACCACAUGCCAUUAUAUUGUCCUGACACUAGAUGGCGCCAGACACCAAUACAAGUGAGGAGUGAUCAAGUGAGAGCAGUGGAUUGUUAUGGUGUGUGUGUGUGUUGUACAGAGAGCCGCUCUCAGUCUGGGGGGCCCAGCCUGCUGACGGUGCUGUUGGGGCUGGUGUGUAUGGCUGCCCUCAUGCUGCCAACCCUGGGGGAGCAAGAAUCCACCGUGCCUGUCUACCUCCACUUAAGUGUUACCAAGAAACUUGUAGCUGCUUACGUUCUAGGUGAGCCAAGGGGAAAGAGCAAACCCUUGAUGAACAAUUGCAUGCUCGCAGUGUUUCAUUUUAUCACCAAUUUCAAUGGAUAUGAAUUGAUAAUACUUCAUGGGAUCCACAUGUUGUUGUGAUCAGCGUCCCAAAUGGCACCCUAUUCCCUAUAUAGUGCACUACAUUUGACCAGAGGCCGAUAGGCCCUGGUCAAAAGUAGUACACUCUAAACUAGACUACUGGGUUUGCUUCGAUUACUCUUGUUCUAUCCAUUCCAUGUGCGAUACUGCUGGAGCAUACUCCUGCUGGGAAUUGAUUCAGUUUGCCUGUGUUACAGGUCUUCUUACAAUGGUUAUCCUGCGUACAUGAAGUGCUAUGGGGGCUGGUAAGAGAAUGUGGAGAAGAUACAGAAGAGAAGAGAACAUUGUCACCCAAGGCAACUACAUGCUUGAAAGGGUAGUGUUUAGGGGGUGGGGGAUGGGGUAUCUGGUCAAUUCCCCCUCCCUCUGCCCCAAAAACAUACAUUUAAUUGUUUUGAAAUAAAAACAUAAUACUGACCUGAUACAAUGCAAGAGACCUCUGAUGCAAUGGGCACAUAAAUAACAUUCUGGAGGAGGGCAUUGUGUGGGUCUGCUGCCAUGGGAGGAAGGGUUUGUAUAAAAACAUGGGGGUCAUUAAAUUAAGUGUUUGACUUCAUAUCCCGCGUCUGUCUGUGUGGAGUUCCAUGGCCAUUAUGUAACAGACAAUGGUAAAGUUGAGUUGAAAGUUGGCGAUUUGCUGUUACACAUUAGGGCAACUUGAAGUUAAAUGUGAUUUCAUGUACAGUGGGGAGAACAA